AAAGUCAAAACUUAUUUUCAUUCAAGGAUUUUGGACACAAUCACAAAUAAUUUUAGAUGAAUGAAAGUUGAAACUGUGUUGUGUUUAUUGUGUAUUAAUUGUUUGUUUGAAGAAUACUUUUCAAUUCGCAUCAAUAGCAGCAGUGUAAUUAAAAUUACGUUGAUAAAAAACAACAAAAAUCGUAACAGCAAUGGAAACCUUUACUUAUUAAAACGCAAAAAUUAAAAUUUCUUAGUUUGCCAUAAAUGACAAAUUUCAUUAGGCUACAACUCACUCGUUUAUAAAAACAAUAAUCUAUCCUUAAUUUUGUGUGUCACUAAAAACAAUUUCAUGUGAAAGGAUAGUACAAAAGUGGGACAAAUAGUAAACAAAGUAUCUACUCCUGCCGGUUUCAUAGUAAAUUCUAGAUGCCGUGCGUACUAAUUAUGACCCUGCGCAUGUGGUGUGGCGGAGUUUAGAGUGCGGAGACCAUGGAAAGGUUAUCCCAUGACUUAAACCUUGCUCUGGAAGAGAGCAACUGUGGAAGACAGGAGCGGAGAAAGCUCGGGAUGCGUAGACGUACCAGGUCUGCGGGGAAUUUACCUGCAGCAGUAACGGUGAGCCUGGUUGAAGAUGGUAGCUCCAGCAGCCCUCCCCAGGCACCUUUAAUCACACAGCCUCUCUCCGACUCUGACGACCCUCACCUCAGCAUCCACAAAUCAACAAACCUCAAAUCAAGACAUUAUUGCCAGAUUGGCAACUUUGAGUCCGACUCCUUCAAUGAGAACUUCUCACCGACAAGACCGGCAAAUGCAAGGAGGAAACGGAAAUAUAAAAAAAUGCCUGUGGACUAUGCGGAUGGGAAAAGAUCUCCACCAAUUGAAAUAUUGAGUAUUACUACUGAGCCCAACGCGAUACCUAUUCCAAUCGUGCUCCAAACGCAGAGCGUAUCACCUCUGUUAUACGGGAAUAAACAGAAGCAAGAAAGAAAUCUAUUUUGCGGUAAACGCAAGUGGUCUCACAGGGAUAAAGGAGAUGGGUGUGAGAUGAGAGAGCGGUCGUUCAGUGGCGGGUGUUCCUCGAAAUCGGCGUACUUCAAGAACGACAUCAAAUCCCGCAAGUGCGACGUUGACAAGAAGAAAAAGGACACAUUGUUGCAACCGGGCAAAAUUGUGUUAAAGACCCAGAAUACGGAGGAAGAAAAGCCUUGCUCCCUAGCCUCCCUACCAGGCAGUUCUAGUUUCAACUUCGUCUAUAAGAGUUCCAAAAACGGGACCCCAACUCUUUCCAAACUAACAGGGUACCGAAUAGCGACAGAUCUACCCCCGUUUUUCAACCCUACAUGCAAAAAUCAUCUCGAGGCAAAAUUUCCAAGGAAAAUAAAGAUUCUGAACAAAACCCACCCGCCUUCUUCAUUGAGAAAUCCAUUGCAUUUUGAUGAUUCUAUUAGCGGGAUGGAUUGUACGGGAAACGAGAGUAGCUCGCUAAGCAGUAGCGACUCAGACGGAGUUGUAACAAACGACAGUGACAGGGAAGGGGACGACGAAUUAACAGACUGGCCAGGGAUUGAAGAACUCAAAGUAUUCAAUAAAAGUCUAACCUUCAAAUCAUCGAAAUCCUUAAAUAAUAACUGCACAAAAUCAGCCAGUAAUAUGCCACCACCGAAAAAGUUUAAGAAAGAAAAGUCGUUAGUAAAAAGUGGCUGGGCCAAUUGCAAGAAUAGGUUUAAAAAGAAACGACCCAAAGUCGACUCGGGGAACGAAGAUGACGCCAUGAUGUCCGAUUCCAAAACAGUAGUAGAUGUUGAGGAUGAGAUUUUGAAAGAGAAAGAGAUUUUACCCCAUUCGUCAUUUUCUACCUUCAGUGAUAUAAUAAAUGCGAGUGCGUCAGGGCAGAACGCUGAUGAGUCAUUCUACCAGUCCUUUCAGGCGUUUCAAGAGAAGAGUGAGAAAGAGUUUGGUCAGACGCCGCGUACGAAUUUCACUCUACAGAAAACAUCGUCGAGCGAUUUGAACUUAAGCGAGAAAUCUCCUCAAAGCGACCAUUAUUAUAGCGAGCAUUCCAUGGGGAACACAGGGGUUUCUGAAGUCAGAGAAAUAAGGGCUGGGUGUAGGAGAAUAAGGGAAGAAAGGCCAGGCUUUCUCAUACUGAGUGCGGCAAACGAACAGUUGUCCAGGUUUCUCCAAGAUUCGUGUCAGACUGAACUCAAGUUAUCCAGUUUUCAAGAUCCCAUGGAGAAAGAGAAGUUAGAGUCGUUGGCUAAACUAUACUCACUGGAGUUACAAGUUGAGAUGGGGAGACCUAUUUUAAGGAAGACCAGCAACACAACACAAGCAAUCCGCGUAGAGAACUAUUCUUCACGCAAUUUUCCAUCUGACCAUAAGCGGCGAUGUUACGGCGAAGAAGCGGACACAAGUCUGAGUCUAAGCGACCAGAACUCCGUGAACUCUGCAAAUGAACUGGAUGACUCCGUGCCAGAGGUCAAAGGUGAAGUGGACAUCACUCAAGAGUUAACGGAUUCCUUCUCAUAUGCCCAAGUCGAUAAGUCUUUGUUACAUCCCGGUGAUUUGGAUUGAAAUCCAUACUAAUAUUAUAAAUGAGGAAGUGUGCCUGU